UUCUCAUUUCCAUGGCUUUAAGCUUUUGCUCCAACUGGGACAUGACCAGUUUCCAACCAGAGCAAGCAGCAGACCUCAGUUUUGAAUACAAUUUAGCUCUUGCACAGGAAAAUUUCCAGCUUGGUUCACAUUUCGAGCAGCCCGAUGAGUCAUCCUUGUAUCAUGUGGACAGCUACACCAAUCUACUCCCAUACUUCUCUGCUGCCCCAUCAGAUAACUUGAUCACCUCCGGCGUCCACUCACCGGAAAUGUUUUUGCUGGAUGAUUCCUACUCCUACCAGUACCCAAAACGCCAGAGAACUAGUACUUACGGUGGUGAAAAUUCAAAUUAUUACUACUCGAAUUUCACACCUGGUUUCUAUGAUGGGUAUGUUCCAAAUCCUGAUAAUUUGGUACCCGAGUCCAUGCCGGAAGUUAUGGCUCAAUUUCUAGUAUCAUCAGGUAACUAUGGUUGUGGAAGUAGUACUAGUAGUCCUCAGAGUAGUGUGAAGAAACCCAUGAAAGUGAGCUUGUCUGCUCAAAGUAUUGCUGCACGUGAAAGGAGAAGGAAGAUAACAGAGAAGACUCAGGAACUUGGGAAGUUGAUUCCUGGUGGGCAUAGGUUGAACACUGCUGAGAUGUUCCAUGCUGCUUUCAAUUAUGUCAAGUACUUGCAGGCUCAAGCUUCAGUUCUUCAACUCAUGGGCUCAAUUCAGGAAAUAAAAGAAGAACCAAUCACCAAUUAUUCAAGAGAAGAACUCCAAGCUCUAAUUGCAUCACCAAUUAUUCAAGAGAAGUUGUCCUCAGAGGAGAAGUGCUUGGUUCCAAAAGAAUUUCUUCAAAUUCUAGCUGAUGAUAAAGAAGUCCAAUUAAAGCCAGUUAUCGUCGAGGACAUUGAUCAGUUGCUGCAAACCAAAACCGAUGGCUGACAGUGAUCACAUUGCUUAAUUUGCUUGUUAGUGUAUCUUUAUUUUUGUUUUGCGUUUUCCUUUUAUUUUUUGUUGUACUUUUUUUCUUCCUAGUUUUACUAGUA